UUGAAUUGCAUUGAAUGAUUAUACACAAACUGAAAGAAUGAGAACUGCAGGGUUAUGAUUUGAAAAAGACAAAUUGAUUUCUCACCUUCAACGGUUUUGCUUAUGGCAGUCAACAUUUCUUGUUAUCCGAGAAACGACGAAUAAUACUUGCAAAGUAUCAAUGCCAGUGUUAUUUGAUUUCCUCUCGGCAUGUGAGUCAUUCCCGCAACAGACAGUGGUUGAGAAGUUCUCGUUGAAAUCAGAUUUACACCGUUGCCCGAUUCGCUUGACAUCGGAAGUGUUGGAGAGAGACAGGACAGGAGUCACUCUCAAUCAUUGCAUGGCAUUUUGGUUUCCAUUAAUUUUUUACUACAGUUGAAUCUCAUAAAGAAAUUACAUCGAAUAACUGUGGAGUAAAUGCGAAUGUUGCUGUGCGGUGGACAUAAUUAAUUACUCGAGAGACGGUUUGGUUGUUUAUGACUGUUUUAUUGGCAAAAUGGUGCCCCAUCUAGUUCUUAUUUCGCUGCUCAGUUUGGUUGGGAUUUCCAUUCAGAGCAACCAGUGUCAACAAAAGUUCGAAGAAACAGAUGGAAGAUACAAUUUUGUUGUUGACUGCGCAAAUCUCGGCUUGGAAACAUUCCCCGAUAGCGUUUCAGAUCUUACCACAACGUUAUAUUUACACGGAAACAGAUUGAAGAGCAUCAGUAAGUCAUCUCUGGAAUUGUUACCGCACCUGGAAGUGUUGGACCUUAGCGCCAAUGACAUCACAAGCCUUCCGCGAGGAAUCUUUGACAAGAAUAGCAAGUUGAAAACACUGCACUUAGGCAGAAAUCGUAUCCAUUGUGAUUGGCGUGUUUGGUGGCUGGUGAACUUCACGAAAACACUGGAGAGUUUUAAUGGGUUCUGCUUCACUCCACAGUCACUGAGAGGACGCGAUAUUCGGCGAUUAACGGAAAAAGAUGUUAUCGUUGACUGUGCAAGUAAAAGGAGGCUGAACAAUCAAAGUGAGGAUGGCCACUACACGUUCCAUAUUGCUGGGGCUGGCAGACGUAACAUCAAAUUGCUUAUUUAUUGUUACAAGAUGGCCUCAGAAACACCAACAGAGUAUUUGAGUCUUCCAAGUGGCAAGCAAGCUAAUUAUGUGAAAACGAAAACUGAUGGAUGUCUUUCGAAGAAUGUUUCUGCUCAAGCUAUACCAAGGCUCAUUGCGUUCAGUAAAGUGAGACUGGCUUUACAAACUCUCACCAUCAUCCCAAACGAUCUGACAUUUUCCUCUGGUAUACAGCAUACUCAGUUUGGCAGUGGGAAAAUCUGUGGCGUGGCAAACAGUAGUAAAUGCAUUGGUGCAGAUGCAAGUAUUGAUCUUAGAGGCACUCCAUUCAAGCUCAAGGAUUCGGUCUCGUGGCAAUGGUCCCACAAUAAAUCUCAGUGCAAAGUAACGCGAAAGUUCAAUGGUGCUGUUGUUGAAAUCAAGGGUACCUCAGCCUGUGGAGGGUGCUCAUUGGUCAGUUCUCUCUCACUUCAACCAAUGGACACUCAGCUUGAGCCAUACGAAGCUUGCUCUAGACCACUUGGAAUUCAAGAUGGCCGCAUCCCUGCUGCCAAUCUAACAGCAUCUUCAUUUCUCGACCGAAACUUUUUGCCAAGCCAUGGUAGAUUGUUCAGUAGUGACCGUGGCGGCUGGUGUGCCUCUACUUUGGACCAGGACCAAUUCAUACAAGUUGACUUGGGGGAGAUGUACACUGUUAGUGGUGCAUCCACUCAAGGAUAUGAGUCGUAUAAUGACUGGGUGACGUCAUAUAAGAUUGAAUACAAAGCAGAAGAUGGAAUUUGGAAAGAAUACAUGUUGUUUGGGAAAGUAAAGGUUUUUCAAGGAAACACCGAUUCAAGCGCUGUUGUCACACAUUGGUUUGAGCCGAGAAUAAGAGCACGAGCCUUAAGGAUUAGGCCCUUAACGUGGUAUAGCGGUGAUCAAUUGGAACACAGAAUAUGUCUGCGUUUUGAGAUCUAUGGCUGUAGAAAUGACGUAUCGUCACAUAUCGUGAAGCUUGGUGAUGGAAAACCAUGCAUUUUGCCGGAGGAUACUGCCCAUAAUAUCACGAAUGGUACCAAUCUUGUCUUUGACUCGAAAUGUCACGGCAGCGACUUCAUGUUCAAGCUGGAUGGCUCAAAUGCACUGGUCCACACCGUAUCCGGACUGUGUCUUGAUAUGGACGAGAUGUCAACCGCCAUAUUAACUACAAACUGCCAGUCAAAUAAUCUGGAGUAUCAAAAAAUAUCUCGCGGUGAAUUCCAAAGUAGUAACCUAAUUAUAAAGCACAAGAGUAGUGGGAAAUGCAUUAGAUUCAAAAGAGAGAAGACAAAGCAUCAUAUCAAAAUUGUUCUAAGAAAAUGCGGAGAUAUUUCGCAGAUACUCUUAACUUUGACAAAAGAAGGAGUUGUUCCUUUAAAGCCACGUUUCAUUGAAAAGAACGAAGCAAGAACUGUAGAUAUGUGGAGCACACAGUGGUUUCAUUGCUCGUUUGUUAGUGACCCUCCGUCAAUUUUUGCUUGGAGCAGAGACAAACCUUUGAUGAACGGGGGUACGGAACUCGAUGGAGAUGGUUUUCAGGUCUUCCAGAAUGGGACACUGCAGAUCAAAAAUGUAACAUGGGAUCGCAGGGGCAACUAUUUUUGCAAUGUUAUGAAUUCUGAAGGAUCAGAAACAAGGCUUGUUGAAUUGACAGUCAAAGCCAUACAGACUUUCCGCAAACGACCUACCAGUCAGGCAACAAUCGUUGGUCGCACAGUCAAGCUGGAUUGUUUUGUAGAGGGCAUACCGACUCCAAGAAUUCUGUGGAAAGUUGUCCGACACGACAAUCGUGCCUUAGUCCGCAUUGACAGCUUAGAUCAGAGGAGAUUCAAACUAUUGCCUAACGGAACACUAAUUAUAGUGAAUGUCCAUUUCGCUGACAGAGGCGAUUACAUCUGUAUUGCCAAAAGCCCUGGUAAAAAUAACAAUGCAACUGCUUAUUUGACAGUGUAUGUGCCUCCACGAAUAACCCUUUCAUCAACAAAAAAGAACCUCUACGUGGGCGAUUCUACGCGUGUCACGUGUUAUGCAACCGGGGAACCAUACCCUCAAGUUGCUUGGUACAGGGUGCUUGACGUUAACAACGGCAGCCAAAGAAAUAUUGGCCUUGUUGAUGGUAACAUAAGUUUGGACAGCGUCACCAAAGACGAUGCUGGUUUGUAUAUUUGCUCUGCGAAGAACCUUGUCGGAGAGGCAACUGGUAGUUUUGAGCUCGUAGUAACAGCCACAUGCAACUUCAUCCACACAAGAUAUUCUCAUGUUACUCCGAAAAGGGCAUUUUUCAUCGAGAACCAAUAUGUGACUGUCAAGUGCCAGCGGGGUUUCCAGUUGGCUGGUGCACCAAAGCUCCAAUGUACCAGAUUUGGAAACUGGAGCUACCCUUUCCCAAGAUGCAUCGAUAUCAAUGAAUGCAACCAAACCGCCAGUGAAAUGCAGGAAGGCAGUGGUGACGCGGAUAACCUAGACACAGAACCUGAUGUCUGUCACGUGAAUGCUAUUUGCACGAAUACGAUUGGUUCAUAUCGCUGUAGAUGCGAAGAAGGCUACGACGGUAAUGGGUUUACUUGCAACUGGAGGCCGACGACUACGAAAGCACCAACAACAACAACACUAACGACCACUGAGGCAACAACAACUUCAAAGUCAGUUGCAACUACUGCUGAAGAUUAUGAAGAGUCAACCCAAACAACAUGGGCAGAUAAAACAACAACGCCUUCAAAGGGAACAACAUCCACUACGGAAGCACCAUAUGCACCAGCCUUGUGGAUUGCGAUGUCAAAUUUUACCCAAGGCCUUGUCAGUGAAGCCAGCCUGUUAUCUAGCGUGCUGGAUCAUUCUCGCUCCAUUGGCAAACUGUCAAACAUGAAGAAGAAACUCAUUAAUCUGAAUGCCUCGCUUUCUGCUCUCAGAACAGUCUUAGCUGCCAAACCCCAGCCCCUGGUCAGCAGCAGUGAUGCGCUUAAAAAUCUAGAGAUAUUUACAACAGUUGUAAGUUCAUUGCUUGACAAGGCCAGCAAGAAAGUUUGGAAAAAAAGACAAGAGGAGACAACUGAUGCAUCAGAACUAUUGUCGAUAGUGGACAGUUAUUGUAGAAAAUUGCUGAAGGACUGGACCUCAUCUGGCACUACUGGAGAUAUAGAAAUCGUCAAUAGAAACAUAGUUGUACGUUUGAAGAACUUGGCCGAUUCGACAGACCCCAAUCGAGCGAUCAUUUCAAUAAAAUCUGGGAGCUCCCUCGGGUCUAGCGCGGCAUUCCAGAAAGCCACAUUGAGAAAACUGAAAAAUUCGUUGGCCAUACUCAUUCAAUACGAGAACCUGGAUGAUCUACUUGGAGACCGCACUAGCAAUGACGUCACUCGUGCACACUUCGUUGGAAAAGUUAUAUCACUAACUGUAGCUGGUAUGAAAGAUGGAAAACCGUUGGAAAAGCCUGUGAUUUUAGAGUUUAAGAAGAAUAUGGCUGACUCAAAGAGACCAGAGUGCGUCUUUUGGAAGUUUAAUAAGCUAAAAGGUGGUGACUGGUCAAAUGAAGGCUGCCGUUUGCAUACGAAUCAAACUGCUCAGCAAUCGAAAUCAACAAUCGUUUGUGAAUGCGAUCAUUUGACAAAUUUUGCAGUGAUCGAGAGAAGACCUAUCAAUGGAGCACAAAAAGGCCCAGAGUACUUCGUCUUGUCGCUGAGUCUGAGUGUCAUUAUUGGCUGUGGAUUUUCAAUUUUCUUCGCUUUUCUCACCUGCAUAUCUCAUUUGUGCUUUUCAAAUCAUGUGAGAUCAGAUAGACGGAUCAUCAUGAUCAACAUGUGCGCUUGUAUUCUUCUUGGUUCUGCAAUUUUCCUCGGAGGCGCGUUGUUAUCUUCUUUUAAGCUCAUCAAGGAAGAUAUUGCCAAGUAUUUUUGCCUGGUAUUGUCAGCCUCGCUUCAAUGGUUCUUCAUAGCUUUCUUCAGCUGGAUGUUGGCUGAAGCAGUUCAGAUAUUCCUCUCAACUCGAACUGUCAUAGACAAAGGCAGUGGCAAACUAGCAAUGUUUUACCUUCUCGGAUGGGGAUUUCCCACCGUAGUCGUUGGCCUGUCUCUAGUGCUGAUUAUUUUCGGUAAAAUAAAGAUCACAUCCUGGUGUUGGAUCGAUCUUUCUUCAUACAGCCAUUUUCUUCUUACCGGUAUUCCGGUAUUUGCCUUGUUCAUUGUAACCGUGAUACUGUAUGCGUUUAUUUCAACGUCAUUGAAGAAGAACAAGGACCUCCUCAACACAUUUGUACUCAAAUAUACCAAAUUUGCCUUAUGGUGUUCGCCAAUUUUGCUGACAAUGCAUAUCCUGACAAUCCUAGCGCUCGCUGCCUUUCUCAGUUUCAACGAAAAUUAUGUCUGCCAUUAUGUUCUCGGUGGUUUGUACGGAAUCGAGGGAGUAUUCCUUAUUGUGUACCAGUGCUACAUAGAAAAAAUGGUGCUGACAAAGUCUGGAGCAAUGAGCCCUCAACGACCGAAACGCAAUCAUUCCUAUAGUGUUAAAGAAACAAUUACUUAUGGCGGGGACACAUGCGUUGAAGAUGGCAAUGGAAAGUAUUUGAUAAGGAGGCCUUCAAAACGAAGCCUUCAGGAUGUAUCAAGAGCCUCAAUUUCAGUUUCCGUUGGCGUGAAGGGAUCGAAAAGAUCUGAUUUGGAUCAGGACUCGGAUUCAAACUACUUUGAUAUGUACGGAACGUCAGAUCGUCUAGGCGCCUCGAGAUCACCUAGAAGAGUGCCUGUUGUCAAUGAGGGUGACAUCGAUGAAAAUGGACAGCUUUUGAAGGAUGACUCCACUGAGGACUCCAACGAAACAUUGUCCGAGCCAAGAGAGACACAGCUAACGAGUUUCGAUGCUAACAGUGUGGAGACGUUCAGUCGUAAAAAAGCGCCUAGUACCUGUGGUAGUGUCAUCAGCGUUGAAACAGUCAAUAAUUCUGAAUCCGCUUAUAAGAGAAAACCGUCAAGUAAUUGCGGAAGUGUUGUUAGUAUCGAAGCUAAAUCCCGCCAACAGAUUGGGAUUCAAGGCAUCCCGGUAUACUUUCCCGGAUCGGCUCCUCCUCAGCACAUGCUGACGUUGGAGCGAAAGAAAAAGGGAAAACCGAGCAGCCGGGCAGAUUCUGAGGAGCGGUAUGACAAUGUGGAUGACGAGUUGCUUGGUGAUGACGAUACCACAACACGGGAUAGCAAGGGCAGCAUGGACCCAGAUCGGAUGUCUAAUAUUUCAAACGAACUGACGACCAUUUUGAAAGAGUUAGAGGCCUUUAGUUCUGAUACGACAUCCCCUACAAUUCCAAGAAAGGUUGGCACAUCUACUGAAGCAAAUGGUCACGCUAACAAAAGUCCUGUAUGGCAGAAAAGAAGACCACCAUAUGAACGGCAAGGCAAUGUAGAGAUGACAGACAUUAGAUUUGGUACAGUACCAUCCUCUAGACCAAAUUGGUAUGGGGAUAUUAAAGAUUCUGGCGACGGCCUACACAGAUGUACAGACGAUCUGUACACAAGCUUCUAGGCAUGUUUGACUUUGAAUUCGCAUUGAUUUGUGAGCUGGCUGUAGUCCUGAAGAAAAUUGAUGUUUUUGUUGAAUAGCCAAGUGCAUUGAAGUAAGCAGUUUGUACCACAAGAAUCAAUCAACAAAGCAGCCCGUGCUAUAGUUGUGCGUUAGUCUGUGAAUGGGAACCUGCGAGAAUGGAAUUCGCAUAUCUUUGUGUCAGGACAUACUCCUGAGACAUCAGACAAAAUACAUUUAUUCCCAAGUUACCAUCAAAGAACACUGGGUUCAGUGUGAAAUCCCUUGGAUAGUUUUAAAUGAAUGUACAGUAAGUUUUUCUUUACCAGUCGUGAGAAGGAUCUCGCAAGCAAUUUACACCGAAUGGUAUUAGCUUUCAGCAGCUCAAACCAUGAAAGGAAAAUUGACUUUGGUGAUGAAAGUACAGCGUAAGUCUUUCUUCUUCACUGAGACUCGUUGGAAUCAAAUUGAUAGCUAUUUGUAGCUAGAAUUAUAUUGAUGUUUGCAUUACACGUGUAUAAAGAGUGUCGAUUGACCUAACGAGUGUCAGCUGGCCUAACGUAGGUAGAUCAUAAUACUUCAAAUUAACAGCGAGGUGUGACUCCUGAUAUGUACUCCCUUUCGACACAGAAACAGCGAUAAGCAACUGCCUUCAUAUACCAAUCUUCUUCCUCUAAUACACAACGCUUAAUGUUUCUAGAUAUUUAAUCAACAUUAGCAACCUAUAAUUAAGAGAAUACAAUCAAUUGAAUCCGAUAAUUUUUUGUUCAAAUAGGCAAUAAACGAAUGAUUAUAUUUCCCAAUACGUUUUCUCUUGAAUAGCCUGUCGUUUUUGGUUAAUUGGUAUACAGCCAUAAAACGCGUCAAAAUGAACUCGAUUAUCACGUAUUACGACCAAAGUUUGAAUAGACUGCGGGGCAACAUUAAAAAGCUUGGUGCAAAUUCACUCCUUUUUAGAAAAUAUUUUUCUUAUAAUUCAUAGGAUACUUAUGUAUUUGCUUACACUUUCUGUAAUGUUCAGGUGCAGUUUCAAUUAUAAAACGCAACAGCCGCAACAAACGAGCCUAAGUUUGCCCAUUGCACUUGCGCCUUUGUGUAGAUCCUUUUGUAAUGAUACAAGCACCUCUAAUCUCGUUGCCAGGAUGAGGCAUAUGAUUGUCUCUAUUCUACUAAUUAUUGAUCCUUCUAUCUAAUAAAACCGUCCAAAUUUCUAUUGAUAGCUGUGUUUAUUUGUGACUUAAUCAUAACUUUAGUUUUACAACCACACGUUACACUUGAGUAGCAUGCGUGAUUCGUUCUAUAAAUCCUUAUAGAUUUGUUUAAAAUUGUAUAAUUAUUUAUAUAUAGUAUUUAUUUGUCUUUUUUAUAUAGAGAACAUGCAAAACCAUAAGCAGACAGAAUAGAAUAGAUAUUGCUUUUUCGCAGAUAACUUAAUCAUGGACUGGUACAAAGAAAACUGUAAACGUUCUAGUUUAAGUAACCUCGUGUUUGUAAUUUUCCAUACUUCGGAUGAAAAUAAUUCUCCCCCACUUUUACGGUAGCCACUUUAAAACAAGCGAGGUUCAAUGGAUUCUGCGGACAUACCAAACCUAGGCAUAUAUGAAGACCUUAUAUCAAUUUGAGUGCUUAGCACGAACUAUUAACACCAUAAAAUAAAAUUUAUUUAUAGAUGUCCCUCCCCAUCAUUAUGCUUGAGUUUUUAAUGGUGGGUUGCUGUGUCUUAAGGGGGCUUGUUUUUGGAAUUCAUUGGCUGCUCGACUUUCUCCUUUUCUUAGUAGUUGUUCGCAGUUCUCAUCAAUAUUGAAUUUACUCAUAAGGAGACCUCUCUGAUUUUGGCUGAAGAUUACCAAACAUUAGCUAGAGUUUUAGGCAUACCAUCAGAGAGAACGUACUGCCGUAGCACAUUCGCCUCCAAUACACUGUCCUUUUCACUACGCUAUCCAGACGUCAUGUUUUAAAAGUCCUAGUAGAACAAGUUGCUUUGUUCUUUUCACAAUUUCUCACGAUCAUCUUAACUCAAAUUUAUACCAAAAGCAUUAUUCAAUACAUUUUUUCCUUGUUUUGUUACAUGAAUAGAUUCGUUAAUUAAUUAAUAGCAAACUAGUUAUAGCCGAUAUCGAAACAUAUACGGUUUUAGUUAGCAUUUCCUAGAUAUUAAUGAAAAGUUUCUAUUAGGAACAAUUUGUUUUUAUUUUUUAUAAAGAGUGUAAUUUUUUAAGUGUUUGUAGGUCUAGCAUUU